AGCAUCGCUGCUGCCAGAUGUGUGCCCAGAAGAACCCUCACACGGAACGGCUGGCAGGGCCGGACAUCCCCCUGAGGGCCGGCCUCGUUGCCCCCUCUUCUGCCCAGCGGAGCCAGGCCCUCCAGGCCCUUCCCUGUCCCGCACUCCUCCCGCUCACGGCCUCUCUCUGCCCUAGGUCUGCUGCCCCCGACCAUGGCGGCCACCCCGCGGUGGGGGAUGGGCCCGCUGCUGCCCGCUCUCGUGCUCCUCGGAUUGGCUGCGGGCACCCAGGCAGACAAUAAGCCCACCUUUGUGAAGGCUCCGGAGGACCAGACGGGCCUGUCCGGCGGCGUGGCCUCCUUCGUGUGCCAGGCCACGGGGGAGCCCAAGCCCCGCAUCACCUGGAUGAAGAAGGGCAAGAAAGUCAGCUCCCAGAGGUUUGAGGUGAUCGAGUUUGACGACGGGGCCGGCUCCGUGCUUCGGAUCCAGCCGCUGCGGGUGCACCGGGACGAGGCCAUCUACGAGUGUACGGCCACGAACAGCCUGGGCGAGAUCAACGUCAGCGCCAAGCUCACCGUGCUGGACGGAGGGCCCAGAAGGCAGGUGUCCCAUGGCCCCGACGCCUUGGGUCUCUCCUGCUUUGGGGAUGUGCUCUGGGGCACGUGGAUGCGGGAGAGACUCCAUGCCCAGCCCUGCCCAGGGGCUCGAGGACGCCUUGCUGGCCCGGGCAGCUCGCCACAGAACUGCCCGGGAGUGCCGGCCCGUGUGGAGACUCCCAGGAAGCUAGCGGCCAUCGGGGUUCUGGGCGACGGCCUCCUGCCAGAAGGCCCCAAAAAUGCGGCCCCCAGCAGGCCUGGCUCUCCGGACCUCAUGGCCCAGCAUUGGGGACCGGCUCGGCCUCCAGGGCCAGGCCGCCUGCUCUGCUUCAAAGCUGAGCCUGGGCCUCCCUGGCCUGGGCUGAGACGCUGCCCGGACCUGGAGCCGCAAAGAAUCAGGUCAAGGGAGGAACCUGAGAGGCGGAGGCUCCAAAGGAGAGAGCAGGUGCCCCGGCCGGGAGGCCGGCCUGUCCGCGUAGGAGGCGGCAGCCUCGCAGCCCCGACCGUGGGCGCGUCGGUCAGCCACGAAGCGUUUCUGAAGCCCUCGCUGGGCCGAGCUCUGGAGACGCGAAGGAAGGCCCAGGGGAGCCCCGGCAGCCCCUCCCCCAGCAGGAGCCCCUGGAGUUCCCGGCCUUCUAGGCUCGGCUGGCACAGACCUCCAGGGCCUCGGGCUGGCCCGCCACCCCAUCCCCGAGUUGUAGGCUUUAUGAAUGAACGUUUCGAUGCGCCUCUGAAUAGAGUCCCUGAACGCCAGGGGGCUGGGGGGGGCAGUGGGGGUCCCCUCCCACCACCCCCAUUCCCCGCUCCCCCAGGAUCGGCCCAGCCCCUCACCCAGCUUGACAGGAGCAGCAGCCCUGAAGAAGAAAUGGAGGCCCCCCAUUGUCACCGUGUGCCGUGGCUGCCCCCCAUCAAAGAGGGCACGGCCCAUGGGGCAGCCCUCCCCAAGGGCUUCCCAGAAGAGCUGGACCUUGUCCUGGGCUCAGAGGCCCCUCUGUGGCCCUGGGGGGCGGCAGGGUCCCCCCCAACCCUGCGAGGGCCAGAUGGAGGCCUCCAUCGACGGUAUCGACCCGUUGAAUCUGUGCUCUCGGCUCCAAUAAGUGCUGAUGCCAUCCGUCUGGACGGCUUCCGUGCUCGGGAGGGAUGGCUCCAGGCGAGCUUUCCGCCCAGCAGCGUGCGGACAGGCCUGGCAAACAUUAGGUCGGGGGAAAGGGCAGGCUGGCCAGAUGGCAUGGCCAACACCCAAGACAAAAUUACUAGCCAUGGCCCACCUGGUGCCAAGUUCCCCAUUGGCAGCAGGAGGAGAGCGCUGCAGAUAGAGAACAGUGAGGAAUCGGACCAGGGCAAGUACGAGUGUGUGGCGACCAACUCAGCAGGCACUCGCUAUUCGGCCCCUGCGAAUCUCUACGUGCGAGUGCGCCGGGUGGCCCCCCGUUUCUCCAUCCCCCCCAGUAACCACGAGGUGAUGCCGGGGGGCAGCGUGAACCUGACCUGUGUGGCCGUGGGCGCACCCAUGCCCUACGUCAAGUGGAUGGCCGGGGCCGAAGAGCUCACCCGGGAGGACGAGAUGCCCGUCGGCCGCAACGUCCUGGAGCUCACCAACAUCGUUCAGUCGGCCAACUACACGUGUGUGGCCAUCUCCUCCCUGGGCCUCAUCGAAGCCACUGCCCAGAUCACCGUCAAAGCGCUGCCGCGGCCGCCCCUCGAGCCGGUGGUGACAGAGACCACGGCCACCAGCGUGACGCUGACCUGGGACUCGGGGAACGCGGAGCCCGUGUCCUACUACGGCAUCCAGUACCGGCCCACAGCCGGGGACGGUGCCUUCCAGGAGGUGGACGGCGUGGCCACGACGCGCUACAGCAUCGGCGGCCUCAGCCCCUUCUCGGAGUACGAGUUCCGCGUGCUGGCUGUGAACAACAUCGGGCGCGGGCCGCCCAGCGAACUGGUGACGGCGCGCACGGGGGAGCAGGCGCCCUCCAGCCCGCCGCUGCGCGUGCAGGCCCGCAUGCUGAGCGCCAGCACCAUGCUGGUGCAGUGGGAGCCCCCCGACGAGCCCAACGGGCUGGUGCGCGGCUACCGCGUCUACUACAGCCCGGAUGCCCUGCUGCCCCUCGGCUCCUGGCACAAGCACAACACGGACGACAGCCACCUCACCACCGUGGGCGGCCUGGUCACUGGCAUCACCUACAGCAUCCGCGUUCUGGCCUUCACAGCCGUGGGCGACGGGCCGCCCUCCGCCCCUAUCCAGGUCAAGACGCAGCAGGGAGUGCCGGCCCAGCCCGCAGACUUCCAGGCUGAGGCCGAGUCCGACACCCGGGUCCUGCUGUCGUGGCUGCUGCCCCCGCAGGAGCGAAUCACCAAGUACGAGCUGGUGUACUGGGAAGACGAAGAUGGAGCCCAGCAAAAAGUGACCUUCGACCCCACGUCAUCCUAUGUCCUGGAGGACCUGAAGCCGGACACCCUGUACCACUUCCAGCUGGCUGCCCGCUCAGACCUGGGAGUUGGGGUGUUCACGCCCCCCAUUGAGACCCGCACAGAGCAGUCUAUGCCCAGCGCACCCCCGAGGAAGGUGGAGGUGGAGUCCGUGAACUCGACCGCCGUGCACGUGUCCUGGAAGCUGCCCGUGUCCAGCAAACAGCACGGCCAGAUCCGCGGCUACCAGGUCACCUACGUGCGGCUGGAGAACAACGAGCCCCGUGGGCAGCCGGUCAUCAAGGACGUGAUGCUCGCUGAAGCCCAGGAGACCACCAUCGGAGGCCUGACCCCGGAAACCACGUACUCCAUCACCGUGGCUGCCUACACGACCAAAGGGGACGGGGCCCGGAGCAAGCCCAGGAUCGUCACCACCACGGGGGCAGUCCCAGGCCGGCCUACCAUGAUGGUCAGCGCCACCGCCAUGAACACCGCCCUCAUCCAGUGGCACCCGCCCAAGGACGUGCCGGGCGAGCUGCUGGGCUACCGGCUGCAAUACCGGCGCACGGACGAGGAGAGGCCCACGGCGGUGGCCUUCGGCCCGGAGGACCACCACUUCACCGUGACCGGCCUGCACAAGGGCGCCACGUACGUCUUCCGCCUGGCGGCCAAGAACCGGGCCGGGCCCGGCGAGGCGUCCGAGAAGGAAGUGAGCACCCCCGAAGACGCGCCCAGCGGCUUCCCCCAGAACCUGCAGGUGGUGGGGCUGACCACGUCCACCACGGAGCUGCAGUGGGACCCUCCCGUGCUGGCCGAGCGCAACGGCCGCAUCACCAACUACACCGUGGUCUACCGCGACAUCAACAGCCAGCGGGAGCUGCAGGCCUCCACCGGGGGCACCCGCCUCGGCCUGGGCGGCCUCCUGCCCGACACCACGUACGACAUCAAGGUCCGCGCCCACACCAGCCGGGGCCCGGGGCCGCUCAGCCCCAGCAUCCAGUCGCGGACCAUGCCCGUGGAGCAAGUGUUCGCCAAGAACUUUCGGGUCAAUGCUGUAAUGAAGACAUCAGUGCUGCUUAGCUGGGAAGUCCCCGACUCCUACAAGUCCUCAGUGCCAUUCAAGAUCCUCUACAAUGGGCAGAGCGUGGAGGUGGACGGUCACUCCAUGAAGAAGCUGAUCCGGGAUCUGCAGCCAAAUACCGAGUACUCGUUCGUGCUCAUGAGCCGGGGCAGCAGCGCCGGCGGCCUCCAGCACCUGGUGUCCAUCCGCACGGCCCCGGAUCUCCUCCUGCAGAAGCCCCUGCCUCUGGCCAAGUACAUGGAGGACGGCCGCUUCACCCUCACGCUGCCCCGCGUGGAGACCAAGUCUGCCAUCAGGUGGUUCUACAUCGUGGUGGUGCCCAUCGACCGCCUGGCCGGCGGCCCCCUCAGCCCCCGCUGGCAGACUCCGGACGAGUUAGAACUCGACCAGCUGCUGGAGGCCAUCGGUCAGGGUGGCGCAGCGGCCCGGCGCCGGCGGCAAGUAGAGCGGCUGAAGCCCUACGUCGCAGCUCGGGUGGAUGAACUGCCCGAGACCUUCACCCUUGGAGACAAGAAGAACUACAAUGGCUUCUACAACCGGCCUCUGUCCCCCGACCUCAGCUACCACUGCUUCGUGCUGGCCGCGCUGGAGGCGGGUGACACGAGGCAGUAUGCGGCCAGCCCCUACUCCGACGAGAUCCUCGUGGAAGUGUCCUCGGCCAAGCAGCAGGACGAGCCUGAGAUGCUGUGGGUCAUGGGCCCCGUGCUGGCCGUCAUCCUCAUCAUCCUCAUCGUCAUCGCCAUCCUCCUCUUUAAGAGGAAAAGGACCAACUCUCCUUCGGCCAAGGACGAGCAGUCGGUGGGGCUGAAGGACUCGCUGCUGGCGCACUCGUCCGACCCCGUGGAGAUGCGCCGGCUCAACUACCAGACCCCAGGCAUGCGGGACCACCCGCCCAUCCCCAUCACGGACCUGGCCGACAACAUCGAGCGGCUCAAGGCCAACGACGGCCUCAAGUUCUCCCAGGAGUACGAGUCCAUCGACCCCGGACAGCAGUUCACGUGGGAGAACUCCAACUUGGAGGUGAACAAGCCCAAGAACCGCUACGCCAACGUGAUCGCCUACGACCACUCUCGGGUCAUCCUCACCUCCAUCGACGGGGUCCCCGGCAGCGACUACAUCAACGCCAACUACAUCGACGGCUACCGCAAGCAGAACGCCUACAUCGCCACGCAGGGGCCACUGCCCGAGACGCUGGGCGACUUCUGGCGCAUGGUGUGGGAGCAGCGCACGGCCACCAUCGUCAUGAUGACGCGGCUGGAGGAGAAGUCCCGGGUGAAGUGUGACCAGUACUGGCCGAGCCGGGGCACCGAGACCUACGGCUUCGUCCAGGUGACGCUGCUGGACACCGUGGAGCUGGCCACCUAUACCGUCCGCACCUUCGCCCUCUACAAGACCGGCUCCAGUGAGAAGCGAGAGCUUCGCCAGUUCCAGUUCCUGGCCUGGCCUGACCAUGGGGUCCCCGAGUACCCAACCCCCACCCUGGCCUUCCUGCGCAGGGUCAAGGCCUGCAACCCCCUGGAUGCCGGGCCCAUGGUGGUGCACUGCAGUGCUGGCGUGGGCCGGACGGGCUGCUUCAUCGUCAUAGACGCCAUGCUGGAGCGCAUGAAGCAUGAGAAGACCGUGGACAUCUACGGGCACGUGACGUGCAUGCGUUCACAGCGCAACUACAUGGUACAGACCGAGGACCAGUAUGUCUUCAUCCACGAGGCCCUCCUGGAAGCGGCCACAUGUGGCCACACGGAGGUGCCAGCCCGGAGCCUCUACGCCCACAUCCAGAAGCUGGGCCAGGUGCCCCCCGGGGAAAGCGUGACUGCCAUGGAGCUGGAGUUCAAGCUCUUGGCGAGCUCCAAGGCCCACACGUCGCGCUUCAUCAGCGCCAACCUUCCCUGCAACAAGUUCAAGAACCGGCUGGUGAACAUCAUGCCCUACGAGCUGACCCGUGUGUGCCUGCAGCCCAUCCGGGGCGUGGAGGGCUCGGACUACAUCAACGCCAGCUUCAUCGAUGGCUACAGGCAACAGAAGGCCUACAUCGCCACCCAAGGUCCUCUGGCAGAGAGCACCGAGGACUUCUGGCGGAUGCUGUGGGAGCACAAUUCCACCAUCGUGGUGAUGCUGACCAAGCUUCGGGAGAUGGGCCGGGAGAAAUGCCAUCAGUACUGGCCAGCUGAGCGCUCCGCUCGCUAUCAGUAUUUUGUCGUGGACCCGAUGGCCGAGUACAACAUGCCCCAGUACAUCCUACGAGAGUUCAAGGUCACCGAUGCCAGGGACGGCCAGUCGAGGACCAUCCGCCAGUUCCAGUUCACGGACUGGCCCGAGCAGGGGGUGCCCAAGACCGGGGAGGGCUUCAUCGACUUCAUCGGGCAGGUGCACAAGACCAAGGAGCAGUUUGGGCAGGACGGGCCCAUCACGGUGCACUGCAGCGCCGGAGUGGGCCGCACGGGCGUCUUCAUCACGCUGAGCAUCGUGCUGGAGCGCAUGCGCUACGAGGGCGUGGUGGACAUGUUCCAGACCGUGAAGACUCUGCGCACACAGAGACCCGCCAUGGUGCAGACCGAGGGCAAUGAGACCCCUUCCACACUGACAAAUGAUGACAAGGCGGACAAUGGGGAACAGGGGACCAACCCAUCGGGGGCUCCAGCAUUCCAGAAGAAGCCCCCAAAACCUACACAUGUUCCUUAUUCUCUGUGA